AUGUACGCAGAAGACUCCUACUACCUACCAACAACACCACCCGGCGUGGCCAGAAUGCAUCUUAUGGGCCCAGGUCUAGGCUCAGCACCAGGAAGUGCCCACAGCCGCAACACAUCCGGCUCUUCAGUUCACUCUCACGACUCCUCACCAGAGUCCAUCAUGACCAACAUCACUAGUCCACGCACAUCAACAUCCCCAAACUAUCAACACGGACCUCAACUUCUUCCCAAAAUCAGGACUCAGGACGCUGUCCUCGAACCUGUCUCAGGCAGUGUUGGUCCUCGGCGUCAUCGGCGAGUGCUAUCAAAUACUCGUAAUCCGCCGGGUUAUAUGCCGUACCCUACUGCUAGGACUGCUCCGAGUCUGUCGCGGAAUGUGAUUGAUACUCCAUCUGCGCCAGAUUGUAGUGGCUUGAUUUCCCCUGUUUCGCCUCAUAACCCUACUAUCUCGUCAGGACUGUCGUCUCCAAUCGCCCUGACCACUGCUCAUAAGCGCAAGAGUGUGCCAUCUGCAGGCCACUCUCGGUCCGGAUCAACUUCUAGCAUUGAUGAAGCUACUCUGUCUCGAUAUGGAUAUCCGACUUAUAGACAACUUCCGAAAUAUGUCUCUCAGCCUGAGGUAUCUCCCAUCAGCCCCAUCGAUCCUGCUUCCUUUGUGUUUCCAACAUACCAUCAGGUUCCCUCCGUGCAAGUUCCCUGCCCGGUCCAACUACCAUCACAACAGGCCUACAACGCCAUACCCUCUCCUCAGCAUUACGAUUAUCUCAGAGUCCACAGCGCCCAUCCUUCGCCAGUCGGAUAUCUUGCACCCCCACUAGCAUCACCUACAUCCUCGACUACCCUACUGUCUUAUCUGACCAACACCACCCCAGCCGUCAAGCUCGUGCGCACAGUCAACUACGGCCCCACGCGCGGUUUGAAUGAUUACUUUUGGUGGGACAUCCGCCAACUCCGCAGCUGGUAUUCAUUCUCCCUCAACACAUUCAACGAUAUCAAUGGUCUGACCCAGCUGCUCAAAACUCCUAUUCCGAGCCAUCUUACCCCGCAGCCACCACUAAUCACGGCGUCGAGGCUAACCCCCGAAAGCGAGAAUGCGCUUAUCAGUCUGGUGGGUGACAUUUAUGCGCCGCGUAUUAAUGCUGCGUUGCGCGUGUCACAGGGCCCAGACCAUAUGAGAUUGUAUGUCUCUCCGGAUGCGAAUUCGUCUGGUACUCGGGGCGCAAACGGGCCUCAUUUUCUGGCUAAUUAUGCUUCUGACACUGACGUAACGGCUUCCGGUUCCCGACGUGGCCGUGUAGUGGGUAUUGUGAAGAGUUUUGAUCGGUGGAACACGGGCAUGCGAAAUGAGCCUCCUCAUCGGCGGGUUGAGUAUUUACGUGGUCUUGCACAUUUGCAGCGAUGUAUGCGAGAACAUUCAUGUCGAUAUGGAUUUAUCAUCACUGAAAUCGAACUCGUCUGUGUUCGUGCGGGAUGCGAUGAGGGAGAUGAUGUGCCCUAUUUCGGAUACCUCGAACUCUCCUCCCCAAUCGCAACGCGCGAAUCCGCUUCAUAUAAUAUCCAUGAAGAACAAAAAAGACGAUCCGCUACACCACCGCAUUCGUCAUCAUGUUCUUCCACUACUUUUGACGAUACACGAUCCACACACAGUCGCAGCAGUAGCCUUACAUCCCUCUCCUCAUCCUCCGAAGACCAUACCGACGGUCUGAACGGAGUCCCGCUAACCGCCACCCUGGCCUUAUAUUUCCUCCUAAUGCUCUCCAAAUCCAUGCCCCUCCCAUCCCAACCUUCGGGGCAUUUGAACGUCGGCGGUCCAGGCGCACUCAGUCGUCAACGAAUCCUUCCUGAGCCAAAGGAUAAAUGGAUCCCGGAACCGCAACUGGGCGAAAAAAGGGAGGCGAAGAGAGUUAGAGGGUGGAUUAUGCCUCAGGAUGCGUGGCAUAGGAGAGAGGGUACGAGGCCUAAAGGGAUUAAUAAAGAUGGUGGUGAGGGUAACGGGAAAGGGAAAAGGGGGAGAAAAGGGACUGGGUUGUGAAAAUGGGGUAUUGGAAUUGGGAGGAAAUUACCGUAGUAAUGUUUAUUAUUUAUUUUUU